CUGACAUCAACUCCCGCUUUACUUCUCUCUCUCCCUCUCUCUCAUCGACGUCAUCUCUGACCGACCAUGACUUUCUCUGGCAAGUGGGAGACUGAAACUCAGCAAGGAUACGAUGAGUUCUGCAAACUUCUUGGUAUCCCCGAUGACGUGAUCGAGAGAGGUCGUGACUACAAGCUUGUGACUGAGGUGGUUGAGAAUGGGGAUGAGUACACAUGGACUCAGCAUUACCCAGCCAACCACAGCGUCACCAACAAGUUUGUCAUUGACAAGGAGUGUGACAUGGAGACCAUUGGAGGGAAGAAGUUUAAGGCAACCGUCGCUAGGGAGAAUGGCAAGCUCUCUGUGCGAUUCCCCAACUAUCACCACACAUCUGAGAUCAGCGGGGGCAAGCUGAUUGAGACCUCCACAGCUACUCCAGCCAAGGGUACAGUCAUCCUGAUCCGCACCAGCAAGAAAAUCUGAACUGAAUCACUCCAUUGCAACUAACAGCCUCAAAACUUGAAUGCUGAUAAAGAAAAUAAUAAUAAAAAAAGAUACAUG